GUCAGACUGGACAGGUGAGUUUCACCUGUCGGGAUCACUGCUCUGAGAUCAGUGUGAGAGUGUGGACUAACAGGAUGUAAGCUAAGCUAGCUGCUGUUACUGUCACAGAAACAGACGAAGAAUCAACAGCAGGUCCAGAUGUCUUCAGGAGGCGCAGCUUCCAGGUUUGACCGGGUGAGGGAGGUCCCUCACUAUGACCAGGUCCCUGUGGGCUCGUUAUGGCGGGAGCAGGAUCUCCCUCUGCCCCCGGUGCCUUUACAUGGACCAAUCCCUGCCCUCAGCUUAGACCCCCUCCCCCCGCCCCCUUUACCUGAAGAGCCAGCAGUUGGUCCGGACUCCUUCUACCCACCCAGUGAUGAUGAAAUGCCAGAGAGUGACAUUGAUGCCAUAGACAUCAAACCUGUCCAUCGCUUCAUCCCUGAUUCUGUCAAGAACUUCUUCAGAGGAAACAGUGGCAACAGCUCCACCAAGGGGUGGACCAUCCCCCCUCCACCUCCUCCAGAAUCCCCUGCUCCAUCCUCCAAGAAGAGCGCCGUCUGUCACACCACAGCUGGAGUCCCCUGCUCCCCUCCUCACUCAGCGCCCCCCUCUCCAUCCCUCCCAGGCUCCUACAGGGACCCCUAUGGUGGCUCUGGGGGCAGCUACAACUCCCAGAAGGAGCGAGAUGGGCUGCUGCUGGGAGCCGAAGCAAUCGACUCCGUCUCUGCUGUGCCAACCAACCUGUCAGCCCGCACCUACCAGGAGAGGGUGGAGGAGUACCACCAGCGCUAUGCCUACAUGAAGUCAUGGGCAGGACUUCUGAGGAUCCUUGGCAUCGUGCAGCUGCUCCUGGGGGCCGCUGUGUUUGCCUGUGUCUGUGCUUACGUUCACAAAGACAACGAGUGGUUUAAUAUGUAUGGUUACUCCCAGCCACAGGUGUUUGGAGGACUUGGUGGGGGAGCUUCUGCAUAUGGGUACGGGGGCGGGUACUACACAGGCCCUAAGACUCCAUUUGUGCUGGUGGUGGCGGGUCUGGCAUGGAUUGUGACAGUUAUCUUGGUGGUUCUGGGGAUGAGUAUGUACUACAGAGCCAUCCUCCUGGACUCGUCGUGGUGGCCGUUCACUGAGUGCUCCAUCAACCUUGUUCUGGCGGUGCUCUACAUGUCAGCAGGGAUUGUGUAUGUGAGGGACACCACCCGAGGGGGGCUCUGUAACACGCCUGUCUUCAAUAAUCCAGUGAAUGGGGCAUUCUGUCGCACUGAGGCUGGGCAGACGGCAGCUAUUGUCUUCAUCUUCUUCAACAUGGUGCUGUACUUCAUCAGUGCAGGUGUGUGUCUGAAACUGUGGAGGCACGAGGCGGCAAGGAUGAGGAAGGAGGCACUCGCACAGGAGAUGAAAACAAUCGCUUCAUCAGUCCCCCUGUCCAUACUGGGUCCAGGAUCUUCCAGGGCUUCAGAGCAGACUCCUCUACCCACCAUCCAGCCUGACAUCAUGGAUGCCACUAACAGCUAUGCAGCAGCUCCUCUGAUGGCUCCAGAGAUCCUCCGAGGUCACAUCCCAGCGGGACACAUCCCCAAACCCGUUGUCAUCGCCGACUAUGAGGAUAAGUAUCGUGCCAUCCGCUCUGAUGAGCAGAGGGACCAGUACAAAGCUGUGUUCAACGACCAGUACGCCGAAUACAAGGAGCUGCAUGCCGAGGUCCAGGCCAUGAGUAAGAAGUUUGAGGAGAUGGAUGAGAUGAUACAGAACCUCAGUGCUCAGCCCGCCUCUGGGAUGGAUAAGGAACGGAUUAACAGCAUUUUGAUGGAAUAUCAGAGAAAGAAAGCUGAUCCAACAUAUCUGGAGAAAAGGGACAGGUGUGAGUACCUGAAGAACAAACUUUCUCACAUCAAACAGAGGAUUCAGGAGUACAACAAGGUGGCCGACUGGAACGACAGCAACUACUCCAGUUUUAACCCCAUCAUGCCGAGUAAUCCUCCACCGUACAACUCGAGUGGCAGCAAACACCACAGCAGCAGACACCGCCACAGCGAGCUCAUGUCUAACCCUGCCUUCUCCUACUACCCCGGGGAGAAACUGCUCCAUUUUUACCGCUGGACAUCUCCACCCGGCGUGAUGAAGAUCCUCUGCAUCAUCAUCAUCAUCAUGUGUGUCGCUGUGUUUGCGUGCGUCGCCUCUACGCUGGCCUGGGACUACGACAUGAGCCUGAUGGGUCUGGGAGGCGGAACCGGCCUGCUUCCUGGUUACGGAGGAUUCGGCGGCUCUUACGGCUCUGGAUCAUUUGGUGGCUCGUACUCCGGCGCUUACGGUGGCGGUCUCGGUGGCUCAUAUGGCGGGGCUGGAGGUUACGGAGGCACACAGAUGGAUCCUAAAGCAGGAAAAGGUUUCAUCAUUGCCAUCUCCGGCAUCACCUUCAUCGCUGUGCUCAUCAUCUUCGUGAUGGUCAUUUCCAGGCAGAGUGCUGCCCAGAAACCAACCUUCUACUUGGCCACCAUCAUAAUUUGUGCCAUCCUGGCAUUUCUCAUGAUCAUUGCCACCAUCGUGUACCUGGUGGCCGUGAACCCGACGGCUCAGUCCACUGGAUCGAUCUACUACAGCCAGAUCCGUCAGCUGUGUGCCCAGUACCAGACCCAGACACAGGCCCAGGGCAUCUUCCUCAACCAGUACCUGUAUCACUACUGCGUGGUCGAGCCGCAGGAGGCCAUCGCCAUCGUCCUGGGAUUCCUGGUGUUUGUGGGUCUCAUCAUCCUGCUGGUGUUUGCUGUGAAGACCCGCAACCAGAUCAGACGCUGGGGCCGGGAACGCAUCCUGUGGGAGGAGGUGAAGGUUGUCAAUGAUGGCAUGCACAACAGCGUCGGAGAGUGGGUGAAAAAUGUGUCAGGUGACCCAGAGGUUCCUCUGAAUGAUGCUAAUCCUCAUGUGGGGGGAUCCAGAGAUUAUCUAGACCAGCUGGAUAACAACAAGCCACUCUACCUGCCUGGAGACUCGGACAUCAGCAGCUCCGUGGGCGUGCUGAAGCCCAGACUGAGGGACUAUGACCCCGGUGUAGAGUCUGGAGACGACCUGGAUGAGGAGGAUUUCAGUGUUUUGUUUCCCUCCAUCGUGGAUGAACAAGAGCGCCUGAACUACAAACGAGAGUUUGAUCGGGAUCAUCAGGAAUACAAGACCCUGCAGGCCGAGCUGGACGCCAUAAACCAGGACCUGGCCGAUCUGGACCGAGAGCUGGACCGACACGCAGAGGGCAGCCCUCGGUUCCUGGAUGCCAUGGAUGAGUACACCAGACUGAAGAGUCUCAAAAAGUCUCCACAUUACGAAAUGAAGAAGAAGAGGUGUAAAUACCUGCGGUCUAAGCUUUCACACAUUAAGAAGAAGAUCAGCGAGUACGACCGCCGACCAUAAAGCCUCGCCGCUGCCCCCCUCAGGCAGGGAAAUCUGCAGCCUCUCACCCCGCUGAGGUUGAUAUCCUAACAAACCGACAUGUGAAACAGAAACAGAGAAUCAGUUUUUUAUCUGAGUCAAGCUGAUUUCAUGAGAAGUUUCCUCAAAGAGAGGCCAUGAAGGAAAUCUGGACUUUAAAAAAAAUAUAUAUAUAUAAAUCAUCUCUGAUUAAUUCUCCAGCCUCUGUGAGUUUGAGGAAGAAGCAUUGAGCUGUAAAAAUGAUUUAUUUUGUUUCUCUCAUGAAUUACUAAAGCGAGAAGGGUGAUGUGUGAUGUUUUUAUCUCAGUACUUCGCUGAAGCACUUUUUGUGCUUCUUUUAUUGCCUUUUGAAAAAUUAUAUGUUCGUAUUCUUUCAGUUUCAUGUAUAAGAAAGAACAGUAAGGCUGGCAACACACCGUUUUCAGAUCUAAACCGUUUCAGAAACAUGAGACACAUGGACAUGCAGCAGACAGCAGACAGCAGAUUUUUGACAAUAUAAUCCUCCUCUCUAACCUCCUUUAUUUUUUGCCGUCCCACAGCAGAGUCUAAAGAUAAAUGAAGUUUGGCACUCAUUGAAGCAUGAAGAUUGUCAUUUACAGUACUGUUCCAGUUCAGCACUAGCUGCUGUUAUGUUAAUCCUUUAAACAAGAAAUUUUUCUUUUUUCAUGAUAAAAUUGACUCUGAAACAUAAAUGGUAAACAAUGACAACCCAAGUAGCAUCUCAGUUCAUAAUACUCUAAAAAAUGAUUUAGAAGACAAAAGGAUUAUGGUGACAAAUAUCAAUACGGAUGGCAGAUAUUUUCUUCUCUGUUAACUGGUAGACUCUGAGGUGGGACAUUUGUCCCUCUUCGUCCCCUGAUAUUUGAUAUCUGAUGCCUCUUUUGGUUGAUAAGCAUGAUAAUGUGCCCUCUGAAGUACCUUCUGAGUGUACAAAAUCUGAAAAAGUGCCUUCUAAAUAGUCAAAAUUUGGCUAAAUACUUCAUAUGUCCCCUCUAAACUCUCUAAUUAGACUAAAGCUGAUCAAGUGCCCUCUAAGGAGACAAAUUUACAUGAUGAAUUGCCCUCCAUGCUGACAAUAAGUGAUAAAUUGCCUUCCCGGUUCGUGUUGCAGUGGGCAGGAUGCCAUCUUAGAGCAGUGGUUCUCAACCUUUUCAGCCUGUGAGCCCCAAAAUAAAGAUGCCAGAGACCGGGGACC